CUUCUUUUCUCCAACUUUUUUUUUUUUAUAACAGUGAACAACAUGAUUGCUUCAAAAACUCUACGACAUACAGCACCAAGGUUUCUCAAGCGUUCUAAUCUUUUACUUCCUAUUGCUUUAAGGACAAUUCACAACUCGUCAAAAACAAAAGGUGCUGCUGCCACAGCUAUUUCAAGUGGUGGUGGUCAUGUUGCUGAUAUUCCAAAUAAAAAAGUUCAACCUCUGUUCAAAAAAUCAACAGAACCUCAAAUGGACAAUUCUUUUGUGGGCAAGUCUGGUGGUGAAAUCUUUCAUGAAAUGAUGUUAAGGCAUGAAGUAAAACAUAUCUUUGGUUAUCCUGGUGGUGCUAUUCUUCCUGUUUUUGAUGCAAUCCAUGAAUCCAAUUAUUUUGAUUUUAUUCUUCCACGUCAUGAACAAGGUGCUGGACAUAUGGCUGAAGGUUAUGCUAAAGCUACUGGUAAACCUGGUGUGGUUUUAGUGACAUCUGGUCCUGGUGCAACCAAUGUUGUUACUGCAAUGGCAGAUGCUUUAGCUGAUGGUGUUCCUCUUGUUGUAUUUACUGGUCAAGUGCCUACUGCUGCUAUUGGUACUGAUGCUUUCCAAGAAGCCGAUGUUGUUGGUAUCUCUCGAGGAUGUACAAAAUGGAAUGUGAUGGUCAAAGAUAUUGCUGAAUUACCUCGUCGAAUCAAUGAAGCUUUUACUAUUGCCACUAGUGGUCGACCUGGACCUGUAUUGGUGGAUUUACCCAAGGAUGUGACAGCUGGUGUGUUACGUCGUCCUAUUCCUACAAAUGCAAUGAUCCCUGCUCGUCCUGCUGCUAUUCCCAACACUGCUAUUGGUGCAUUCACUGAAGAAGCUUUAUCCAAACCUUCCCCCGUACUCAAACGUGCAGCCGAACUCAUCAACCAAGCUAAACGUCCUGUCAUCUAUGCUGGUCAUGGUAUUGUAGGUCAUCCAGAUGGUCACAAGAUUCUUACUCAACUCGCAAAUCAAGGCAAUAUCCCUGUUACAACUACUCUUUGUGGUCUUGGUGUAUUUGACGAAGAAGAUCCAAAAUCUCUUCAUAUGCUUGGUAUGCAUGGAUCAUGUUAUGCUAAUCUCGCUAUGCAACAUGCCGAUGUGAUCAUUGCUCUUGGUGCUCGCUUUGAUGAUCGUGUCACUGGAAAUGUCAAGGCGUUUGCUCCUGAAGCUAUCAAGGCCAGCAAAGAAGGUCGUGGUGGUAUUCUUCAUUUUGAAAUCAUGCCAAAGAAUAUCAACAAGGUGGUGGAAGCAACGGAAGCAAUCGAAGGCGAUGUGACUGAAAAUGUACAAAAGAUGUUACCUCAUAUUGCGUCAGCCGAACGUAAGGAUUGGUUCAACACUAUCAACAACUGGAAAGAAAAGUAUCCCUUCUAUUAUGAACCUGCCACUGGUGAUGAAGUACUUAAACCUCAACAAAUCAUUGAAGAACUCAAUCUACAGACAAAGGAUAUCAAGGAUAAGGUGAUUGUGACAACAGGUGUGGGACAACAUCAAAUGUGGGCAGCUCAACUUUAUCGAUGGCGCCAUCCUCGUACAUUUAUUACAUCUGGUGGUCUAGGAACAAUGGGAUACGGAUUACCUAGUGCUAUUGGAGCCAAGGUGGCAAAACCUGAUCACAUUGUGGUGGAUAUUGAUGGUGAUGCUUCUUUUUCAAUGACGGCCAUGGAAUUAGCAACAGCUGCAGAAUUCAAUAUUGGUGUUAAGGUGUUACUUCUCAACAACUCAUUCCAAGGUAUGGUCAAACAAUGGCAAGAUUUAUUCUAUGAAAACCGAUAUUCUGGUACUGUGAUGAAGAAUCCUGAUUUUGUCAAAUUAGCCGAAUCUAUGGGUGUCAAAGCCAUCCGUGUUACCAAGGCAUCUGAAAUCCCAGAAAAAAUGAAGGAAUUUUUGGAACAUGAUGGUCCCGUGUUGAUGGAUGCUGUGGUUUGCAAGAAAGAGCAUUUGUUCCCUAUGGUACCUGCUGGUAAAGCUUUGGAUGAUUUUAUUGUGCAUCCCAAACUCAUAAAAUAG